UUUUUAUCCCUUCCUUUUAUUUUCUUUUUUCUUUUCACGCUUCUGAGAGGAUGUUUGGCUCGCUAGCUCGGAUCGAGUGAACGGAACGGAGAAAUGGACUUUCGCGACUCAAGUACCGUUACAUUUUUAUCUUCCUUCAUGAACUUCGGUAUCUAAUAUACUUGAUGUUUAACUUGUUGCCUCGUCCUGUCGGUAUUUCCCUCUCUAAGACUGAAGUGAAGUGAGUCGCGUGUAUUGUUUGUUUACAAGCGGCGGAAGUGAUAUUACGCGAAGUUGAUAGACGGCGUGACGCCUGACGGAAGAGGCGGAGUUGUUCUCCCUUCAGUUUUGGGCACGAAGUACGUAGGAAGUGGAUAAACCGUAAAUUAAAUCAAUUCCUUCACGCUCGUCAUUCUUCGGAGAAGGAAGCACUGACGAACAUAAAGAAAGAAAGAAAAUGAAUGAGAGCGGAGCGUAGGAAAGAGUAUAGAGUAACAUGGUGCAGACCAGAACCGAGGGCUUGUAUGGAUAGACGUAAGAAGCCCACACAUUGAGAAGGCUGUGAGCGUCUCAUUGAAAGCCUGGAACGCUAUUGAAUAUAAGAAGCCUUUGCAAAAUCAGACUGGAUAGACCCCCUGUGCAUCGUACGUGUGCGUCACAAAAGGAACAGAACUCUAUUCUGGAAGAAGCCACGAAAAAGCUCACUCGAGAGGCUGUCGUUGCAUCAGGACUCGCCGUGGCGUGACGCUGCCGCGAAGAUUCGCCCAGGACGUCUGUGCUCGACGUUUGCGAUCUCGAAUCGUUCCCGUCUUCGGCCGGCGUUGUGCACACACGUCUACAGAUACACAAGAGUGAAAGCGCAGUCCUUUCCAACGGAUUUGAAACCUGAGAAUCGAUGACGCUAUCGGCUACGCAGUGACCUGACCUUAACUGCAAAGAUUUGCCGGAACGGCGCUCAUUUCAAGUCACCAAAUCGCUUCCGCCUGUCGCAGCAAGCCACGGUGACUCCGUACACGAAGGAACUGCAGUCUCGGCGAGAAUUCGAUUGCCCAGCGAAGCGGGACGUGAGCGUGGGACACUGCCGUCUUUUCCGUGUUCGUCCGGAAGCGGAGACAGCGGCUCGGAAGCGAUGAUUUUUUCCAUCUCGACCAACGGCGAUGCGCUGCCUCGCCGCGCGGACCAGGCGCCCGUGCCGGGUCAGGACUCCGGCGGCCCGCCGACGACGAGGACAAAUAACGCCAGGAACGGAAACAUGAAUGGCAUUCAGCUCAAACCGAUGCCGAGGUACAAGAGGACCGAUUUCGAGGACGAGGAGACGAGCAGCGCGAGCAGCAUGCCCGUGGACGCCACCGGCAGCUCCACAGUGCUGACCGACAUCAAGUCGGGCCCCGGGGGCGGGGGCGGCGGCGGGAGCUCGGCCACGGCCGCGAUGCUCAACCCGCUCGGCGUGCGUUACUCGGUGUCCGGCGGACACCGGCGCACCUUCUGGCAGCGGGCGUCGCCGCUCGAGCGCUUCCUGCUGGCGCUCGUCGGCCUGCUCACCUUCGUGGUGCUCGUGCUGUCCAUCGUGGUCAGCGUCAACUCGGGCCGCGUACGAGAGAGGAUUAUUGAGCGAGUCGUCGAGCCCUCGCAGCCGAAGUACUGCGUGACGCCGGCGUGCGUGACGGUCGCCAGCUCCAUCCUGAACGCCAUGGACCCGGAGACGGACCCGUGCGAGGACUUCUACCAGUACUCGUGCGGCGGCUGGAUCAAGGCGAACCCGCUGCCCGACGGGAAGUCCAUCUGGGGCACAUUCGGAAAGCUAUGGCAGGAGAACCAGCUCGUCAUGAAGAACGUGCUCGAGGACGAGAAAACGGAGCUGAAAAGUGAAGCCGAGAAGAAAGCUCGCAUCUACUACUACUCAUGCCUGGACAAGAACGACACCGUUGAAAGCCUGGGUUCCAAGCCUAUCGUCAACCUCCUGGACAUUGUGGGCGGCUGGAACGUGACGGGCAACUACUCGAUGGACACGUGGCAGCUGCAGCCGGCUUUGCAGCUCAUUCAUAACGUCUACUCUCGCUCGGGCCUCUUCUCGUGGGCCGUGGGCGAGGACGACCGAAACUCGUCCAGGCACGUCAUCCAGGUCGACCAGGGGGGCCUCAUACUGCCCUCCAGAGACUACUACCUCAACAAGUCCAAAGAUGACAAGGUUUUGAAUGCCUACCUCACGUACAUGACAUCCGUGGGCGUGCUGCUCGGGGGCAAAGAAUCCGACGUGAAGGCACAGAUGCAGGAUGUCAUCGACUUCGAAAAGCGACUGGCUAAUAUAACAGUACCGGCAGAAGAGCGUCGCGACGAUGAGCGCCUCUACCACAAGAUGACGGUGGCCGACCUGCAGGCGCGGGCACCGCUGCUCAACUGGACGGAGUACUUCACCACGGCUUUCUCGCAGAUCAACCGCACCAUACCACCUACGCAGGACGUGGUGGUCUAUGCGCCGGAAUACAUGGGCAACAUGACUCAGCUCGUCCAAGAGUACAUGAACACCACAAGGGGCAAAAUCACGCUAUGCAACUACCUGGGUUGGAGCCUGGUGCACUCGAUGGUGUCGUACCUAUCCGAGCCCUUCCGCGAGGCGUCCAAGGUCCUGCGGAAAGCUUUGAUGGGCUCGGACGGAUCGGACACCACGUGGCGCUACUGCGUCACCGACACCAACAACGUCAUCGGAUUCGCCCUGGGCGCCAUGUUUGUCAGGGAAGUGUUCGACGGCGACAGCAAGCCCCUCAAUAUGCCAGGUAGCCGAGAUUCCGCUGGUGCAGUGGAUGACUCUUGUUCCCGGAACAAAUUGGUUAAUUCUACAAAGUUCCAGGCUCAAAACAUGAUCAAAGAGGUGAAGGAUGCAUUCAAGAACAACUUACCCAUGCUCAAAUGGAUGGACAAAGAAACCAGAGAGCUCGCUAAAGAGAAGGCGGAUGCCAUCACUGAUAUGAUUGGCUUUCCCGAUUUCAUCACAGAUCCGAAAAAGCUGGACGAAAAAUACAAAGGCCUGGAAUUCGUAGAGAACGAAUACUUCGAGAACAACAUCCGGGUGAGCCAGUUCCUGCUCAAAAAGAACAUGCAGCGCCUGUACCGGCCUAGCAACAAGACCGAAUGGGAGAUGACGCCUACCAUCGUGAACGCUUACUACACGCCCACCAAGAACCAGAUCGUUUUCCCGGCUGGCAUCCUGCAGGCGCCGUUCUACGAUCCAAACUAUCCAAAGUCUCUAAACUUCGGUGCCAUGGGAGUGGUCAUGGGACACGAGCUUACCCACGCCUUCGAUGAUCAAGGACGAGAAUACGACAAGUCUGGCAACCUUAACCAGUGGUGGAAGAACUCAACCAUUCAGAGCUUCCAGUCGAGGGCUCAAUGCUUCAUUGAUCAGUAUUCAAACUACACUGCCAACAACGAAAACCUCAACGGAAAGCAAACACUGGGCGAGAACAUCGCAGACAACGGAGGCCUCAAAGCGGCUUUUCACGCAUUCGAAGAAUGGCUGGACAGGCACCCCGACGAGCCUCCUCUGCCCGGCGUGAACCUGACGCACAAGCAGCUGUUCUACGUGGGCUUCGCCCAGGUCUGGUGCUCCACUGAAACGCCGGAAGCCAUCCACUUGCAGAUCCUCAGUGACCCUCACUCGCCGGCGAGGUUCAGGGUCACGGGGCCGGUGUCCAACUCCGACGAGUUCUCCAGGGAGUUCAAGUGCAGAAAGAACAGCGCCAUGAACACACGCAAGAAGUGCGAAGUGUGGUGAUGGAACAGGCGGAAACACGACGUACUGAAAGCUAAGGAGUCAACCGCACCGACGCAAGCACUCUUACAAGGUCAGCAUUUCUUCGUCCCGACCUCUACGCAGCCGACAUCGGGACCCAUCAGAGCUUCGUUCUUACAUGCAAACGUAUAUGUUCUAUGGAAGGAAGAAAAACUCAGCAGGUCGCAGCUUUCUAUAGGUUUUUUUUUUCUUUUCCGUGUAUAUAGCGGACAGCGUAUUCAAAAAUGCACAAAGCGAGAACACAGGCAACCAUCUUCAACGUUCAGUGUUUAGAGUUUAACGUGUCAGAAUGUGCCUCGCGAGUCUUCUGCUUUCUGUGUGAUGUACAUAAGUGAUUGUUGCUUUUCGUGCUGUGUGUACCUGCUGUUUUGUUGUCGUGUGUUCGACGAGUCCACGUGCGUGCACCACGCGUUUAUACAGUCAUGUUGUAGGCGCGUGUGCGGUCAUCGAACUGUGUAAAGCGAGCAGUUAAACCACGUCUCUAACGACAGCAAGAAAUACCUAUGACAAAACAGCGUCAGUGCCGCGUCAACGGUCAUGUGACUUCAACGAAUCUCAAACCCCGUCGAGCCAAACCUUGUAUGACCACACUCAAGCAUCAAUGCUCCUGUACGUUUCCCCUAAUUUAAUCUAUAGUAUUCCAUCUGUCUUUCGGCUGUUCCAACAUCGUUCGCUGUCUGUCAGGUUGCUAAAGCAUGCGAUGUACUGAGUCUGUGUCGGGUACAUCGCACUGACUUCUACCAUUAUGUGAAAUACAAGUCCGAAGUCGUACAGCGACUGCAGAUUCCGUUGCACUGACGUAACAAACCGAAAUAUUUGGCUCGUGGUGUUAUAUGACGUGUGUGCCACUAUGGCAACGCUUUCACGUGACAAAGAUAUGGAGCUUUUGCUUCGGCCUGUAAAAGCGAACGGCUGUCAUUCAGCCCCUUUUUAUGGCAACCAGCGGUCCCGACGUGUUCGUUUGCAAAGGCUGCUCAUUUGUGAAAGACAAGCUUGGGAAGGAAAGCAUAUAAAGACAUUUACGAUGCAGAAAGACAGGUACUGUCGGUUUCAUCUGAGCAUAAAUUUCACGACUGCUGCCAUGGCAUGGCUGUAUAGAUAAACGCGACCGUUUAUUGUUGCGACAAGGGUGCCUACGAAGUGUUGUGAUCAUGUUGAGAGCGCUUUGACUCGGACGCCGUUUAGUUAUCGGAGAUGCUUCACACAGAUGCACUACGUGGUUGAAAGUGUUGCUGUUUUUUGUAUUGUUUGUUUCCUUAUGAGUGACGUCGCACGUUAUGGGCACUUGAAAACUUUCGGUUCAGUUUCUGGACGAAGAGAUGACACUUGAAAUCUGUACAUAUCAACGUUGACAAAUCGGCAUGCCUCGCGUCAAGAAAGAUGGAAGCCUAUUUGUUCGUGCAUCAGGACGUCGGACUUCCUGUUCAAUUAGUACUCGUAUAUCCCGAUAUUGAAGCCUCGGGAAGUUUUUACAGACUUGAUAAACGUAACGGUAUCGUUUCCGUAUACCUAUAGCUUGCCUGUAUCGUACAUUCCUGACGUCUGCAUUAGGCGACAGCGCAUUUGUGUUUCUCAUAUCCACUACCACUAGUCAAAUUAUGCGAACACAAUGAAACUACACCUACACUGUUCUUUAUAUAAGUAUUCUGCAUUUCCCUUUAGAUAGCGCCAGCUUCAACAGGGUAAAUAUGUUAACGACGAGAUUUUGUUGACAUCAACCAUCCGUGCUGACUUUUUUUUAGAGUUGGUCAUGAUGGCUUGGUUACGUAAAGCGUAAGCAGCGAUCGGCUUUCUCGUUAAUGCGUCUCUGUACUGCCUUUUGCGCGCACAGGACAGAAGUAGUCCGCUCAGCGGAAAGUAUUUUAAGAAACGUUUUAAAGCCAGCAGAAGCGACCGACAUUCACUGACGGUGCGGAUGGCGUUAAAAAAAAAAGAGCCGUAAGCGGUGCUACGUUUACGCUUUUUUUUUUUUUUUCAGACUGUAAAGCCAUUGAUUUGUCGAUCAGCCAAAUCACCGUAAGACGGCGACAUAUACUUAGCACUCAUCUGGCUUGGUCGAGCGGUAUAGAAAAAAAAGCCUUUAAAAACAGUACAGUUUUCUUUGACCAACGUCAACAGGCGACCAAUGAUAAUAAUAUGAAGGAUGUCAACAACUUUAAAGUUUUCCACUUUGCGGGAUUUCAGAUCAGUGUAUUUAUAACUUGUUACAAGUCCUCUACACCAAAGGCAAGACGAACGAGCUCCAAGCGAAAACGCGAAAUACAACAACCGACCACCGAGAGGCACCAGCCAACGCUGCGACAAAGGUUACGACGACGAUUAGUGAAACCUGAUGGGCGAUGAAUCAAUUUCUAUGAGGCAGCUGACGACCAGUAAGAUUACACCAGAUUACACCAGAAAGACUACUUCGAGUGUACGUAAAGAUCACUUGCGUCCAUGCACCUGAGGUUUCGGAGUAUUCUAAACAAACCACAUUGAAAUUUCGGCUACUGGAAGAGCGCGUAAUGCGAGUUUAUCUCUGUUAAAAAGGUAUAAUUGGGCAAUCGCAUUCGCGACGAAAGCGAGUCCAAAAUUACCCGGGAAAAGUAUUGCCUCAGAGAUCGUCGAAGACUCUUGUUGCGCUGAGAAUGGGUCGCCAUUAUAACACCUUUCGUGUAUCUCGCGCGAGUUUCCGUUCUUUGUACAAAGCUGUUGUUUAUAAAUUUACAGCCACAUGUACAGCGCUAUAGAAGAGAGGCUGUGUGUAUAGCCGACAAUUUCAUUUACUUGUGUAGUCGUAGCUCUGUGAAUCGGGAACAGUGGUCUGUCGCUCUCCGCGUUGUAUCUAUAUAAACACCACCCAGUGACCCUGUUUUGUUGUCAAUGCACUGAAGCAUAUUCGCACCUUCAUUACCUUUUUUUAAUUCAGGCUCGUUUGCGUACGUUGUAUGUCGCAGUGUUAGACAUGCAUUGCUUUUGUAUGUGUGUUCUGUUCUUCGUGAUGUGUGGUGACGAAGUUUAUGAUCAUUCAUGGCGAAGUCUGAAAAUAAUUAUGUGAGGGCUGAGUGUAGCAAGCCUCAGAACUUUUUUUUUUUUUUUGCAAAUUACGUAUGGCCAAUUGUAGUGUUUCCGCGUAAAAUUUGUUCCCGUUGUCUGUGUAUGUGACGACUGCAUGUCAGAGAAUUGAUGUGUCUCGCUUUAUGAAAAAAUCCUGCGAAUCGCAGCCUGAAUACUACUGCAGGCGUUAAGUAUUCUUUCGAGGAAGUGCCGUUCGAGCCUUCAGCAUGAUUCGAAAUAAGGCGCCAAAAUUGUCAACCGGUCGAAGUCACCAUAACAUACCUCUGAGAUAUUCACAAAAGCAUCGCGUUACCACCGAUCAAUGAGCGCGUCAACAAAUUCUUCGCGUCCGGGACAAAUACAUCUUUACUAUUUGUUGUUGUAUUUGUUUACCGAGCUAACAUUUGAGUAGCAUGCACCAGUUUGUCCAGCACGAAGGUCAGCUGAUUACGCGAAGUGGCACUUUCUCGCGACAAAACGACGCAGCAGUACUGUAUCAUUUAUUCCUAGUGUGAAUUAAGAUUCCUUGUGCAACUGUGUUAUCAGAUGAGUAGUGUGGCGAUAUACUCGGCUACAGUCGACAAUUAUCAAACAAUUCACAGACAAACACUCGACCACGAAGUAAGCAAGUGACGCGGUUUCACCUAAAUGUCACGUGUUCUGUUCAUUUCCUGCAAGAGCGUUAAUUUUUAUUGGGCUGUUCACGCAUAGAGCUACAUGAUUCGACGUGUCACGUUUUUUAGACCAACGUACAGUUCACAGUUCCAGAAAGCGUGUUAUAGGAGUGCAUAUCUGCCAUUGCUCGUAAACUUUACUGAUGUCCCGUGGCAGUGUAACUAACUGAAAAGGGUUGGUAUCCGCCUUGUAAGGAAGCUGUGAUUGAGCCAAAUAGUCACUUAGUUGAGGACCACGUUGGAGGAUAAUCAAAACGAGAAACAACACGACGCAGACUUUUACGGGAGAACAGCUUCUACGCGUGGACAUACAACUGUAGUCUACAUUGCCAGGCGUCGUCGUGACGAAAAACUGUUUCUGCUUCUUAGCGUAUUUCGCGCACGAAUAUAUAUAAUCAAAGUACGAACUUUGUUUCGAGAAACGGACAACACUGACGUUCAUGUUUCACGCAUAGCCAUGUGAAUACCCAUAAUUUACAACCUCGUUGUUAUUUUUUUGUUUCUUUCUAUUUCGGUGCAUUGCGUGUAGUCGAUUGUCUCAUUGUUUCUAAAGCGAAGAAUCUUCUAAUGUCUAGUCAACUUAUUAGUGUGCACUGCUUUGCGAGCGUCUACGGUUUGCAAGUGUGUUCCACCGUUUUGUGUCAGCCGGACAUAUAGCUGUUAUAUGUGUUAUUUGUGCUUUAUACCGAUCACAUUGUAGAAUAGACUGCGAAUCUUUUAUGUGAAUGACUGCAAUUACAUGAAGAGUUUCACCCGAAACUUUGUUUGUCUGUUUGUUUUGCACAUAGAAAGAGUUACGUUUAAUUGCACGCUUGUGUAGAUAGAUAUGUUUGCUACGGUGAUUUGGUUACGUCGGUGAUAAUUGUAUUGUUAUUUGUACGAUAGAUAGGAGCGACAUUUUACGUUGUGUGUUGUGUAAAGACGAAAGAGACAAGGUCUUCGAAGCUGAGCACGACAGCCCACGGGGUAAGUGGCAAUAUUUUGUGUUUGUCUGUGAAGUUUCUGGAAUAAAAUAAGCUUUGUUUGAUAA